AUGGCCGCCAUGUCCACCGCGUCAGCGACGGCCAACACAAUCACGCCCCCGAGCAGCAGCCACGGAAACGGAGGUGCAUGGAAUAACUACACAACAACAGACACAGAGAACCUCCAAAACAAGAGGUCUCUCGAUAGAACCGAUCAAAACAGCCGGCCACCCCUAUCGCAAAACGGCAGCUCCGCCAAUAUUUACGAAUACGGCUUCGAGCCUCUGCCUCCCCCACGAAAAAAGGCUUCCAACGACAACAUAUCUCUGACAAAAAGCACAAGAUCAUGGGACAGGACAAACCGCCGUGACCAUGACACGUCGAAAUCGGGCAACUUUGCGGACGAUGUUUUCGGGGGGAAAGUUGGAUCUGACGAGAAGCGGGCGACAAAUGACAUACCUGUCUCCGACGAUGACAAGUGGAUUCACCGGGACAAGCUGGCCAAGAUUGAGAGUCAGGAGCUCCAGGCUGCAGGCAUUGUCUUGCCGAGGGCGCGUGCGAGCAGCAAACCGCGCAGAGGCCGUAGCGAGGAGAAGCUCAACGGGAGCUCCAGGAGGACCACAUCCGCCCCGCCAGACGAUGAAAUUCCUCUGCCGAGAUCUAGGAAAAGCUCAAUUUCGCCGGAAAGCAGAGUCCCGGAAGAGACUUUGCCGGAUAUGGAUUUACCUAGCUGGGAUCUUCGGCGGCCCGAGGAGAUCGCUGUCGAAGGAGAUGACGCCUACUGGACUUCCAUUAGUGACAAGAACAAGAGCGGCUCCAAGAUUCCCGUCGCCAAGGCUAGCCCGGCUCCCAUCCCCGAGUAUUACUUGGAGAGGAAUGCGCCCUCUGGACGAAGACGAAGCGGCGGUAGCGAGCUCGAGACGAUAGCCUACCCGAAACCGAGGCCGAGGAGCGGUAGCGCCAACACGCUCGGCGCGACAUCAACGUUGGCACCCGCAAAGCGCAACAACACCGACAUCUCUCCCCGAAAAGGCAGCGGCACCUCCAGCACCACCAGGAAGACCUCGACUCAGAUCAAGGGUGGCGGAAAGACCAAGACACGUGGUGGCAAGGAUUCUACGAGCAGCAUAUCUGGGAACAGACCGACAACGCGAUCCGGAGAACUGUCUCCCGGUGUCAAGAAGCCAGAGGGCGACCCGCCAUGGAUGGUCGGAUCCUACCGUCCUGACCCUCGUCUGCCGCCUGAUCAACAACUACUCCCGACGGUCGCCAAGCGUCUGCAGCAGGAGCAAUGGGAACGGGAGGGCAAAUAUGGAAGCAUCUACGACAAGGAGUUCCGUCCACUCACGGCAGACGGUCUCCUCAAGCCACCCGAAGCUGGAUCAAGCACUACACCCCCCGAAGAAGAGAAGCAGGAGCAAGACGAGUGGCCGCUGAGAGGUGACGCUCCCAAAAGCCCCACGGCGCAGAGCCCCACGUCGCCGAGCAUCAAGCAGACCAACUCCUACUCGACCAUGCCCAAAAUCUCCGAUAAACCCCAGACUAGCCCGCUGCCGAGCCCUCGUGGCCCACUGAGCCCGACCAUGCAACCCCAGCAGCCCGCCGAGACCCAAACCGUUGUCCGCGUACCCGAGCAACCUUCCGCUGCGGCCAACAUGUCCAUGGGCGGCGAAAAGAAGAAGAAGAGCGGAGGCUGCGGCUGCUGUCUCGUCAUGUGA